CUUUGUCCAGCUUCUUCUACUUCUCGUAUUACAGCUUUGAUUGGCAAGUCUCAAACUCUGUGUUGGUUUCCAUCGCAUUUGCUUACUCGAACUCUUAUGGGAGUUGAAGCUAAAUCGCAACUGGGAAUUCUAAUCAAAGACAAAUUGUGAAUCCUUGAGGAAAUCUUGCGAUGGGGUGAAGUUUAUCGUCCUGGUUUCUUAGUUAAUCUCCUGCUGGAUUGCCACAUGGCAACUCUUCCUCUACCCGUUGUCAUGAUACGGUCCCAUUUUGUUAACUGUGGAGGUGCUGAAUCAUCUAAGCUUAUAGCUCCUGCCCAUUGUGUAUGCAGGAAAAGAGUGACACAUAGCAUAGAGAAAAUGGAUAAGGGAAGAAGCAUUGUCUGUGGAGAAGUUAGAGCAUAUGGAACAAAAGCUUCUCUUCGUUGUCGUAAUUUCAGAGUAUUUGCUACAUCACACAUUUCUCUUGUCCAAAAUGAGGAAAGACCUGCUGCUUACCUAUUUAGGACAGAAGUUGGUGGUCAUGUGAAGGUACUUGUCCGAAAGAAUAAUGUCAAAUACAGCGUGCGCGUUGAAGUGUCAUCCCUGCAACUACACAGUAGCGAGGAUAAGCUGGUAAUGAGUUGGGGUAUGUUCAGAUCUGAUUCAUCGCAAUUUAUGCCUUUGGACUUUCAAAGUUCAACUCCAGAUGCCAAAUCCACUACUGUUGAAAUCCCGUUUGUGCAAAACUCUCUAGGUACAGUUGCAGUUGAGUUGGAUUUUGAAGGGAAUUUAACACCAUUCUAUCUCUCAUUUCUCUUGAAGUGUCCAAUGAACGGUGAUUCAAAAAGCUCAGUGCUCAGAAGCCAUAGAAAGUCAAACUUCUGUGUGCCUGUUGGUCUUGGUUCAGGGUAUCCUGCUCCAUUGGGUCUUUCCUUUGCAGCUGAUGGUUCUGUCAAUUUCUCCCUUUUCUCACGAAGUGCAGAAGGUAUGGUUCUGUGUUUGUAUGAUGACACAAAGGCAGAGCAACCCGCAUUGGAGAUCGACCUUGAUCCUUAUGUCAAUCGAUCAGGUGACAUUUGGCAUGUCUCAAUAGACAAUGCACUGCCCUUUGUCAGCUAUGGAUAUCGAUGCAAGGGGGGAAUUACUGAGAAAGGGGACAAAUUACUCAAGAAGCAUGUUCUUUUGGAUCCAUAUGCUAGAAUAAUUGAGAAUGCUCAUUUGGGUUUAAACUCAAAAAGUCUUGGAAAAAUAGACAAAGAACCUCCUUUUAAUUGGAGCGGCGACGUUCGUCCUUGUAUACCAAUGGAGGAACUAGUGGUUUAUUGGGUAAACGUGGGACGUUUUACUAAGCAUAAGUCCAGCGGAUUACCAGAUGAUGUUGCAGGGACCUUCUCCGGCAUUACUGAGAAGGUGAACCAUUUCAAAAACCUUGGGGUGAAUGCUCUCUUAUUGGAACCGAUUUUCCCUUUUGAUGGGAAGAAAGGGCCUUAUUUCCCAUUUCAUUUCUUUUCGCCAAUCAACCUAUUUGGGCGUUCUGGUGAUCCUGUAGCCACAAGUAGUUCAAUGAAAGAGAUGGUAAAGAAAUUGCAUGCAAAUGGGAUAGAGGUUCUUGUAGAGGUGGUUUUCACCCAUACUGCUGAUGAUUGCGCACUUAGAGAAAUUGAUAACUCAUCCUAUUAUCAUUCAAGUGGAGAUGAACAUCCGGGAACCAAAAACGCUUUGAAUUGUAACUAUCCUAUUGUCCAACAGAUGAUUUUAGAUAGUCUGCGUUACUGGGUGGUUGAGUUUCACGUCGACGGCUUUUGUUUCAUCAAUGCUUCAUCGCUGUUGAAAGGGUUCCAUGGUGAACUCCUGUCUCGCCCUCCUUUGGUUGAAGCAAUCGCUUUCGAUCCAAUACUCUCGAAAACCAAGGUCAUUGCGGAUUCUUGGAACCCACAUGACAUAAUAUCGAAGGAAAUCGUUUUUCCUCAUUGGAAGAGAUGGGCUGAAAUAAACACAUACUUCAGUGACAAUGUGAGAAACUUCUUGAGGGGUAAGGGUCUUCUAAGUAACCUUGCGACGCGGCUUUGUGGGAGUGGGGAUAUGUUUUUGAAUGGGAGAGGACCAGCUUUCUCUUUCAAUUUCAUUACCAGAAAUUUCAGCCUCCCUCUAGUGGAUUUGGUCAGCUUCAGCAGCGGCAAGUUAGCUUCUUCACAAUUGAGUUGGAAUUGUGGGGUAGAAGGCCCCACAAAUAAUACUGCAGUACUGAGGCGACGACUGAGACAAAUCCGGAAUUUUCUAUUCAUAUUGUUUGUUUCAUUGGGUGUUCCUGUCCUUAACAUGGGAGAUGAAUGUGGCCAAUCUUCUGGCGGUUCCCCGUCAUAUCUUGACAGAAAUCCCUUCGAUUGGAAUGCUUUAAGGACUGGAUUUGCCCUUCAGACCACACAAUUCAUUUCAUUUUUGAGUUCUUUGAGAAAUAGGCGACGCGAUCUUCUUCAGAAGAGAAGUUUUUCAAAGGAGGAGAAUAUCGAUUGGCAUGGAAGUGACCUUUCUCCUCCGAAAUGGGAAGAUCCAUCAAGUAGAUUCCUAGCUAUGACAUUGAAAGUUGACAGAGAGGGGAACGAUUUGAUCUCUGAUGUUUCAAGUGUGAGUGGUGAUCUGUUUGUUGCCUUCAAUGGUGGCAAUCAAUCAGAGAGUAUUGUCCUGCCGCCGCCUCAAGAGGAGAUGGAAUGGCUGCGUUUGGUUGACACGGCACUUCCUUUUCCAGGAUUUUUUUCAGAAGAUGGUGAACCAGUUCUUGAGCAGAUGGCUGGAUUAGUUACCUAUGAGAUGAAGUCUCAUAGCUGUGUUCUGUUUGAAGCAAAGAGCAUAAGUGAUUGAAGCAUGUCCGUUGACAAAACAGAAAAGAAAACCAAUACUUGCUCGAGGUCUGAUUUCUUGCAUAAUAAUCUUCUAGUUGAGAACCAGAGGUACAGAAAAUAAGGGUGUCUCUUGGAAGACAAUAGGUGUAUUGCACCAUGUAAACCAUUCAUUGAUCUUUCAAUAAGAGCUGCUGCUUAGCUUAUUCUUUUUC